UUGCCUGUGUCUGGCAAUUUGAUUGACCUUUAUGGCAACCAAAGCAUGCCUCCUCCAGGACUAAACAUCAGCAACUCAUGUCCAGCUAAUCUUCCUAAUAUAAAAAGGGAGCUCACAGAGUCAGAAGCGAGAGCGUUGGCUAAGGAGAGGCAAAAGAAAGACAAUCACAACUUGAUUGAACGAAGAAGAAGAUUUAAUAUUAAUGAUCGUAUAAAAGAACUAGGCACUUUGAUACCCAAGUCAAAUGACCCGGAUAUGCGCUGGAAUAAAGGAACUAUUCUAAAAGCGUCAGUGGACUACAUCCGUAAGCUGCAAAGAGAACAGCAACGCACAAAGGAGCUUGAGAACAGACAGAAGAAGCUGGAACAUGCCAACAGGCACCUGCUGCUCAGAAUACAGGAACUUGAGAUGCAAGCUCGGGCACACGGACUGUCCCUUGUUCCAUCUACAGGCCUUUGCUCCCCUGAUAUGGUCAACAGGGUCAUCAAACAAGAGCCUGUGCUGGACAACUGCAACCAAGACAUCAUGCCGCACCACACAGACCUGUCUUGCACUACCACCCUUGAUCUCACUGAUGGUACCAUCACCUUCAGUGACAACCUCGGAAAUGUGACUGAACCAACUGGCACUUACAGUGUUCCUGCAAAAAUGGGUUCCAAACUGGAAGAUAUCUUGAUGGACGAUACCCUCUCCCCCGUCGGAGUAACUGACCCGCUACUUUCCUCUGUGUCUCCUGGAGCAUCGAAAACGAGUAGCAGGCGGAGCAGCGUGAGCAUGGAGGACACUGAUCAUGCUUGUUAGCAUAUACUUGGCACACCUUUCAUAAACUGCUUUGUUUCUUGAUUAGUAGAUUAAAUAAUUUACCUUUUGUAGAAUUUUUUGAUUUUUUUUCUUUUUUUUGUGCUUCAUCAGUAGCCCAGUGUGUGUGCGUGUGUGUAUAUAUUAUAUAUAUAUAGGAUUUUUUUUAGAAUUUUUGUGAAGAAACUUGUAUAUUCUAUUUUAAAACUACCAAUGCCUCCAAAAUAUUGUACAGCAUAUGUACAGUAUCUGUGAACUGGAUUCGCCAAGAACUUUGAACUGGUCAAAUCUACUCAAAGCAAUAGAAUUACAAAUGAAGAGUCUGUUUCUACUGGGGGGGAGGGGGGAAUCGUAGAAUUGUAAAUGCAACCUAUUUACUUGGAAACGAAAUGUAAAGUUAAAGAAUGUAAAGAAACCAAAAAAAAAAAAAAGUCCAGUUUGUAAUUGUAUUAAUUGAAUAGUGCUGCCUUAAAGAUACAGUGUCCCUGAAACGUUAGUCUUUACAUGACAAGUGUUUAGGGAAAAAUACCCACCCUACUCCACUCAGAAUACAAACAAACAAACAAAAAAGUGUUAAGACAUCCUGAUUGUGUUGAUUGUGAUACAAAAUGCUGUUGCUGAAAAUUGCAGGGAGAUGCGAGUCUCUUUCUCAGAGUGCUGUUUAAUUUUACUCUGAGCUGAUUUGGGUUUUCCUUUUGAUCAUGGUUCGAGUUUUUUCUCUUAGAGUUUUGUUUUGUUUUGUAACACGCGUUGAUGACUUGCCAACAGUAAACCAAGCAGGAGAACUGUAAGUUGGUUUACACUUUUUGGACAAAAAAAAAUUGAUAGAUUUUAUCAGCUGGGCACAUUAUGUUGUACAUAUCUAAUUGGCUUUAUUUUUUUUAAAUUGCAUUGUACAGUUUAUUUUGAUUUGCAUGGGUUCCUCAGUUAUCCUCAACCUUUUGUUUUAAAUAUAUUUGUAUUUCAUUUGUAAGAUUUUUGCCUCUUAAUAUUGCAGCAAUUUUUUGACAUUUUUAAAACUCAUUCGAAGUUUUCUGCGUUCUUUGUAAACACUUGAAAGGAAGCUUUUAUGCAGGGUUCUGUGUUUUAAGAGAGAUUUUGAGAAUAUUUUGUAUAUUACAGUCUCACUUUGAAAAUGUUUUUAAACGCAUUUAAGAGUAGAGUACAAAUUUAGAUUAGGUAAUAAAACAACUCUGUGGAGAAACUGAACUUACAUAUUUAUUUUUAGUGAUACAGAAAAAACUAGUAAUAUGCUUGGAAACAUAACUAUGUAGUUAAUAUACCCGUUAUAGUAAUUUGUGUUUUUUCAGCUCUGGGGCUGACAU